GACCAUAGUGGUAUCAAACAAAAAACAGGCUGUUUCCUCAAAAAUGCUAUAGUCGAUACCGACUCAUUCCUACAAAAAUCACCUCAAGUUCAUCAUCAACACAGUACUGACUGACCAUCAAUGGCGGACAAACAACACCACCACUUCUUGUUCAUCACCUCCUCCCACCAAGGCCAUAUAAGCCCCACCCUCCACCUCGCCAGACACCUCGCAACCUCCACCGGCGCCGCUGUCACUUUCUCCACCACCGUCUUCGCCCACCGCCGCAUGUUCUCCUCCAACCAAGACUUGAUCAGCGAUGGUCUCAUCACCUUCAUCCCUUACUCCGAUGGCUACGACGACGGGUUCAAAAGUGAACCCUCUAUUUUCACCGACAAAUUCCACUCUUACGUGAGAACAAACAGCAAACGCAGCGUCUCCGAGAUCGUCGGAAACCUCGCCGGAAGAGGCCAGCCAGUGACGUGCAUAAUCUAUACCAUCGUGUUAAACUGGGCAGUAGAAGUCGCCCGCGAGCAUGGCAUCCUUUCAGUCCUUUACUGGAUACAAACGAGCAGCGUGUUUGCAACCUACUACCACUUCUUUCAUGGCUUUGAGAGUCUCAUCAAAACGCAUAUCGACGACCUUUCGUUCACCGUCUCCUUUCCUGGGUUGCAGCCACUUCAAAUCAGAGACUUGCCGUCGUUUGUGAGAGUUACCAACUAUGAUAGCGCGGAUGGCUCGAUUCUCUGUUUGUUUAGAGAGAUGUUUGAGAUCUUGGAUGAAGAGAAAGAGAGGAUGAAGGCUAUGGUGUUGAUGAACACUUUUCAGGAAUGGGAAACUGAUGCUUUAGCUUCAUUCAAUGUUGAGAUUGAAGCCAUACCUGUUGGAAUUUUACCAAAAGAGACCAAUUCCGGUGCUGGUUAUCUUUUCAAGGAGGAUGAGAAGAAGUAUAUGGAGUGGUUGGACACGAAGGAGGAUGGAUCAGUAGUGUAUAUAUCAUUUGGAACUAUGGUAGAGAUGAAGAAGGAGCAGAUAAAGGAGAUGGUUAAAGGGUUGAAGGAGAGCAAGAGACCAUAUUUAUGGGUUGUGAGAAAGGAUAACAGAGAGGAAGAACUACUUGAGAUUGAAGGAGGAGGAGAUGGGAUGGUGGUGGAGUGGUGCUCACAAGUGAGAGUGUUGGCUCACAAGGCAGUUGGAUGUAUUGUGACACACUGUGGAUGGAACUCAACAUUGGAGAGCUUGGCGUGCGGAGUGCCAAUGGUGUGCGUGCCGCAGUGGUCAGAUCAAGGGAUUAAUGCGAAGCUGGUGGAGAGUUUGUGGGGAUGUGGAGUGAGGAGUGAGGUUGAUGGUGAUGGUGUUGUUAAAGGAGAAGAGCUUGUGAGGUGUUUGGAGUUGGUGAUGGGGGAUGGAGAGAAGGGUGUUGAGAUUAGAAGAAAGGCUAAGAUGUGGAAAGAUGAGGCUUUGGUAGCUGGGAGUGAAGAAUUUGGAGAGCUAUUUGAGUUGUCUUCUUGGGUUCAGCUUGAGACAUGACUCAGAUAUGGAUGAUUAUAUAAUAAAGAAUUAUAACA